AUGGCGAACAGCGUCAUAUACUUCCUUAACGGCUCCAUCCUCGCACACACUGAAGGAAUCCUGAACCUUGCACAGAUCUCACACGUAAUUUUUGUAGCUGAGGUGAAGCAGUCGGAAGAUUUGGAUGUGUCUGCGUCGUGGUUUGUCUCGCUAGCAUCGUCAUUGCUGUCAACGACUAGUGAGAACUAUAUCCAAUACAAGAACAUUUGCUUCGAAAUGAUUGAUCUGCUGGUUAGCUGCAAGAGCAAAGUGGCUUAUACCGAAUGGUCCCGUUUAUACAAAUUAGAAGAGAUGAAAAUGGCUUGGCAUAUUCCGACUGAGAGGGGAAAAGCUGUUAUUGAAGAGAUUUUGAAGAAGUUCCUGUUUCCAGUCAUGGACGAGAUAAUGGCUGCGCAAAUGGACAGGUUAGUGUUCUCGAGAUUCAUAAUAAGUCAACUCACAUUUUGA